CGUUGGGGAGCAAGACGUAAGAAUAGACGACGCCCUGGACUUUUUUGAGACCUUUCUGAUCACAGACGACGGAGAGCUAGCAAAGAACCUGCAGAGUGUCGUCCUCACUCCUGAGGAGGUUGUUUCGUUUUUCGACAGCGAAGAAUCUUCAGAGGCUGCUGUUGCUGCUGACCCAAACACCCGCCAAUGGACGGCUUUAUGGCUACUAAUAAGCCUAGUUCCACUUUAGCGAACGCAGAAACGUGAAUAGAAUUUUUUUGGAAUCAAAUGAUGAUAUCAAUCAACAUCAAAGAACUAAAUCAACUUUUACUAGAAGCAAAUCGUUACUAUAGACCCUCGUCUGACCACGUUAUUCGUUCCGCCACCUCCGCUUCCUCCUCCUCCUCCUCCUCUACCUUGCGUGAGGUCAUAACUAUUGAGGAGAAGGACGCGCUCUAAUGUCCAAGCAAGCGGGCCGUGCAAGGAAGAUGCUCAGGCGAAAACAAGAAAUGCUUCUUGUGUUAGGGCUUUAAGUUUGAACUAUUUGAACUCAGACUCGGAGGAUGGAUUUAGAUUCUAUUUCUUUGGAACAAUUUCAACUUAAUUCCCUAGGGUCUGGUCUCAAGGUUGAUUUGGCAGGUCAAAUCGGAGACAAAUGACAUGACAAAUACCAACGAAUAGCUGUUCUAAGCAUGUCCGUUAUCGCAAAAAUGUUAGUAUUUAUAGGGUAAACAACUUUUCUCAAAUCCCUAAGUGCCUUCCUUAAGGAAAUCAAUUUCCUUAGAGAAUUUCUAUUACAAAAACUGGAUAUAACUUCCCUUAAGGCGAAAGAUUCCCCUUAAGAAGGCUCCUUAAGGAAAAUCUGUUAUAAGCUUAGGCUAAUGAUAUUGAUAGACUCUGCCUCAAGGGCCGCCGCCACCUCGCAAGGGCCUUAGCUUGCUACCUUAGCCAUGGCCAGCUUGCUAGCUGCUUAGCCCUAGGUAGCUAGCUUGCUUGGUUACCCCCUACCCGUAGCUACCUGGCUAGGUUAGCCGUAGCUAGCCUGCUAGCUGCAUAUCCAUAGCUUGCCUGUUAGCUGCUUAGCCAUAGGUAGCUUCCUGGCUGCUUCGGCAUAGCUAGCUUGCUACGCUAGCUGCUGCGCCAUGGCUAGGGAGCUUACUCGGUAGCUGCUCGGCCCUAUUUAGCUAGCAAGCUAGCUUCUUGGCCAUGAUAGCUAGUUUGCUCCUAGCUGCUUGGCCAUGGCUAGCUUGUUAGCUGCUUCCUUUGCAAGACCUAGCUCAGCAGCUGCUUUCUUAGCCAUAGCCACCUUGCUGGCUAGCUUGGCCAUGGCCACCCUGCUAGCUUAGCCCGGCAGCCAGAGCCAGCCGCUUAGCGUAAUCUUGGCCAGCUUGCUAGCUGCGCCAUAUCUAGCGCGCUAGCUUUGCCAUGCCAUGGCCACUCCAGCUCGCUAGCUUAGCCACAGCCAGCUUGCUACCUUAGCCACAACACAGCAACAGCCAGCGCGCUUGUUUAGCCAUGAGAUGAGGGGCGUCCAGGAUAGUCCACUCUGAACCGGCUGCGCGUCGCUAGCUUGGUGACUUAGGGGCUUGCGUCGUAGUCUUAUCUGUCUAGUUGCUAAGCUAUGCCCAGCGCAGCGGGUCCUUGAUGUGCCCGCUUUCUGGGCAUGUACAAAUAGCAACCACAGCACCAAUUUCAUGUGCAGGCGUACUUUUACUCGACUCCUUUUAGACUAUCACUAGAGAAAUCAUCGGUAAAACUUAUGCGAUUUUCCUUCCUCCACCAAGGGACCCAGUGAUUUGCAGAAAUUUCUCACCCCAACUACACCUCUAAUCAGUACUGGAACCGGACUGAAGGCGGACUCUGCUCCUAUGACCACUGAUGACGCAUCUAGACUUUGAAAUCAAAAGCAUCUAAUUGAUAUUGAAGCGCUCUAUUUAUAUCAUAAGGGGAAAAGGAAAACAUUAGUGUAUUACUGAGAUGCCUUGUAACCCUAUAAGAAUUUUAUCAUGUUGAUGCAACACCAGAUUUAGAAUGAUGAGCGUAUGCAGCAGCAGCUCUAAUGUUUUCCUAUACGAGCAACCACUGGGCUCUGGCUUGAUCAAGGUCAAGAACCUCUUUGCAUAUUGGGACAGGUUUUACCCUGGCAAUCGUGUAUCUGUAGUAUCGGAACCUGAGGACCACAAGGUCAAGGUAGAGGUAGCCUUAAGACUGGUGGUCAAAGUAUUCACAAAUGUUGUGCGCCUAUGCGUCAUUAAUUUAUCAAUAGAAGUUGGGGGACCCAGGCAAGCGGCCGAGUAGAUUCGAAUCAUUAGCAGAAGUCGCGCCACUUGCGUAUCUUGAUUUUUCUGUGAUGCCCUUUCAUCUAGGUACUCUCUUGAAGAGUUCAAGUUUCUCACUACAUAUAUUAUAAGUGUAACUUUCUUAUCCGUACAUAAAUACAAACAACAACCACAACACCAUUAAUAUUAUAUGAUUCUAACCACGUUUUGCUAUCAGAACUUCUAAGUGACUAUCGCGCUGCUUUUUUGGACGAGAACAAAAAGGCGGACUUCUACGCUACUAUUGGAAAUAUGCAGAGUUAAGGCUUGUUCACUGAUAGAUUUAUGUUUCUUAGACCGAAACGUCGCACCUUCCACGUCUGUACAUGAUAUAGCCCGCCUAGAACCCAACCUCUGACCUAAGUACCCUUGUAGAUCGACGACGGAGCAAAGGUAUCUAUCCGCAUCGAUCUGCUGUAAUUAAUAUCUGCGGAGCAGGGGGCCUCUUGCUGGACCAGUGUGAAGACGAGAAAACUAAGAAGUAGAACGAUCUCAAUUGCCCUUUUUGUCAGGAAAAGACCUGACUUAUACAUAGCUCUUCUAAGUAAGAUCAUAGAGUUAAGAUCCUUAUCUUGAAGAUCAUCUACUUCCAAGGUACUAGUCCUCGUAUUCGUAAUAAAGUUUCUUAUAGAUAAGCUCGACUAAGCUACGCUAGCGGAGAAACUGGAGUUGCAGCCGGUGCCCGAGAUUGAUAUGAAGCAAGAGGAGCCACAGUCUGUGAUCGUAACUGAUAUCGAGGGCAGCUACCACUAUUUCUGUCUGUGGAUUGCGAUGACGCCUGGCGUAUCGCUCCAGAAUAAGGUUUGCGCGGUGGAAGCGGGCUCCACAGAUUAUGUCUCAUCGUGAGAAUGAGUACGCAGUUGAGAAGAUAGGAAAUGCAGUAGCCUCAUCCGCGACGGAGGUGCUCUGUCAUAGUAGUUAUUUUGAUAUUGAUCGCCGUGUCUAGUACUAACUAGUACGCCAGUCGGACUCGCUUAUCGUGGCAUUUAUCUAAGAUCUAAAUGUGCCUCUGCUCCUCCUUAAUCUUAUGGAUCUUUGUGGUAAGUGCUUAGUUUUACCUCUCUCUACAUCGUAGGGUCGUGCUGUUUUGGCAUUGGAAUGGUGCUAGUCGUGGUGAUUCAGGUAAGUAGACACCGGUAAGGCGCCGAGGAGGACCCCACCGUGCACGUUGAUAGUUCGGCCAAGUAAGUUUCUAGGGUAGGCUCUGUUAAUUUCGGAGUGGGGCGUUUAUUGCGAUAAUACGAGUGACUAGUACUCCAGUCGGACUCGCUUAUCGUGGAAGCUUUUCAAGUUUUUUAGUUUCUAUGUUACUGGUCGUGGGCAAAAGCAAAACUAACUUUUAUUAUAUGUUCCAGGGCGCGGGCGACGGCUCCCCCCCCUAGCGGGGGGGAGGGCCGGGCGCCCUGGACCCCUUUUUUGAGGCCUCUGCCGGGGGGGGGAGGGCUCAAAAGGCGCCCCCACCCCCCCUGUCCCCUUCCAGGUGCUCGGGGUCCCCAAGAGGCCGCGGACGUAGGUGGAAGGCCUCAAGAGGUCCCCAAGGGGGGCCGCCUCCGCUUCCUCCCAGCUGCUUGGCUGUCCCGCAGAGGCCUCCGACGUCGGGGGAAGGCCUCAAGGGGGGCCAAGGGGCUCGCUGCCUCCUUCUCUCAUUUGCAUGUACCUUACAGACUUGAGGGGCUAGAUGGCAGCAGUGCACCGGCAGCGGAAGGCCUCCGAAGACGCCAAAAGGCGAAGGGCUGGACCCGCUGAGCCGUGCCGCUUGAACCCUCCGGGCCCUUGGUCAUCGGCUUGCCUGCGACCGCGGCCCUCAGGAACACGCUGAGAGGCCCAAGGGGAGGAAGGCGCCAAGUUUUGAGGCCUUCCACCACUAGAAUCCGCGAAAAAUCCGCGCGGAAAGGCGCGCGGGCGCGCCAACACAGACCAGACCACAGGGAGGGAGGGGGGGCCGUGUGGCCCGGAGUCAUAUGGUAAAUGGUAAUAGUUACUAUUACCAUGCGCCAGCUCGUAUUAUAAGUACCAUCUACCAUUUACUAAGUGACUUCUCUAACGAAAACGAAUCGAAACCCGUCUGCGAACGUGUUGCCUCAACGACAUCCCGGUUUCUUCGUGCGAAAAUCCUAACGACCACCAGUCUGAUUGUGCGCGAUAUCCCAUCUUGCACCUACAAGACCACACAACGCUGGUAAACCUGGGAGACAACUGUGACCACGUUAUGCUAAGUUCUUAAGUGGAUUUGGGAUUGAUAUAUAUUCUUCAUCCUAUCGGCUUGGUCGAAGUGUAGUGCAUGCGCGAGAAAAGAUCUGAGAGAUGGUCCACUGCUGGAUCAUCACGCAAACGCUCCUGCUGCUCUCCUGCAACACGUGGGUCUCCUCCAUCAUCACUUCUCGGCGCUGUAUCAUUCCUCGGUCUUUGUAUAGUACCCACAACGUCUUCGGUCUGGACUGUCGUGACUUUAUCGUGUUUCGUUCGUCGACGCCCACGAAGAGUUCUCUUGCUAGCACUCGCUUCUCCUUCUCCUUUCUCAGACGCAUCAACGAACUUCUGCUUUCUAGAGUAGGUCUUUCUUUCGCGAAAGCGAGCUACAGCUUGCUAGGGUUGGGAUCCAUGAAAAUGAAUGAACGAGGACUCAGUCUGUUACCUGGUUCUGGUUCUCGGUCCCCUGCUCUAAGAAUAGCCCCGGUUGCAUUCGCGUGCAGCAAUCUUUCGGUCGAGCCAUGAGGGAGUACAACACAGACGUGGAUGCACCUCAGCGAGUGUACGUUUUAUUGGGAGACCGGGAUGUGCAGCACCUGAAGAUUAUGUCGGAGGCUGGGAGUUGGGCGCCGUCCUACGACCUAUACAUCGAAGAGCUGAAACUAGCUGGUGCGUCAAAUAAGUUAAGUUGCUGUUCUUGCAUUGAAACAAGGUAGCUACGUUCUGGAGAAGAAGGAAGCGCUGAAGAUGGAGAAGAAGAUCUUCCUUGUAGAGAUGCAAUAUAAGUACAUCGUAAAAACAGGGAAGAAAUCGCCGGGGAAAUCUUAGGCAGAUUGCCGAAUAGGUUUAGACUCGCGUCAUCAAAUAAAGCAACGCGAGCCUGCUCGCGAAAAAAUUGCAUUCAGCCGCUCUAACGUAUCCCUCGAGAACGAUUACUGAAUACAUCAAAUGGUUUCUGAUAGCUCUCUCAGGAUACGAGCUUGGGGAUCGCCACUGGAUGGACAGGAAGGAAGAGCUUGCAAUUCUCUUCGAUUAAGGCCGCUAAGGCUAUUGAAUAUAUUUAUGUUGUCUAGCUGUGUCGGCGGAGCUCGAUGUGCAGGAUCCAUGACCUAAGCCAACCUAGCUGCGCUGCUUCUGCUCGUUAGAAGAUUCAGAUGACGACAAUGAGAAUGCUAUAUUUUUUGUUCUUCAUCAUUUUGAGCUUUUGAUACCUCUGCUAGCACUCGUCAUGAGGAGAACUGCUCGCAAUGGUAGUUUUGUCGGUUACAGGAGAGUGAACUUGCAUACAUCGUAUUUGAUGUGAUCAACAUGGGCACUUUUAUCGAGGAUUAUGGGUACUUUUUUUCACUUUGAACUUGUACUCAUCUUGUAUUUGUAAUUCGUUGCUCACUGCAUUUCUGGUUUCUAAAUUGCCAAAGAGCAGGAGUAUGUUUCGGAUGCUGCUGCCGCUGCUAGUUUUGUUUAUGCCCGUCUCUCGUGCAGUUUUUGACUAGUGUAGUUUAGACUCUAGUGUAUAUGAUUAUCCAUCCGGGUCUCUACGCACAAAUCACCAUGCGAAAGAUGAACUUUGAUAAAUGACGAAUCUAUCUAACUACUUACUUAAUUUGAUCGAGGUCGUGUAUUUGUUCAUUCAAAAUUUCUUAGUCCUCUAAGACUAAGUAGAAUCUUAGAUGAAGGAGAUCAGUUCUCUAGUGAACUCACGGGCCAUGCUUGUCUUGGUUGGCCUUCAUAGACAUAAAGCCAAGACACGAUCGAGGUACUUAAAAAGACGAGCAGAGUUGUACUAUCAGCCAACACGACCUUCCCGUCCUAGACAUAAAGCCAACACCUUCCCGUCCACCACGAUAAUUGUACUAUCAGCUGCAAAGCCUAUUUUUAUACCACCAGCAAUGCUCGCAACUUGCAAUUUCCCAGUCAAUGAGUGACCUACUCAGUUACGAUUCCUCUACUAGAAACGAUCUACCAGAGACGAUCUACUGUAGCUGUAUUCGUUGUACUACAAGUGGCGCGUUCAUUUUUUCGUACUGGCUGCUCCGAAGAAGAGGGCAUCUUCUUCCGACGAGACGGGGUUCGUGAGGUUGGAGUGCAAAGAUCCCAAGGGAGUCGAGGGAGAGAAGAGCCAGCUUCUGAUGACGCAUAUGCACGCCGAGCAAGUGGAUGGCACGUCGACGCCGCAGAAUCUCGUACCCGGUCAUGUUAUCGAAUUUGACAAAAUUAUGAGUCGAAAAUCAUGUUUACUCGUCUUUUUGUUUUUACUCAAGAAAUACUAUGUGCCGGUCCGUCGUCGAGGCAGGUAGAUAUAAGCGGAAAUAAAGUGAAAAUGUUACCUCGACGCACUAUUCCGAACUUCAUCUUGUUGAGUAAGUAUCAAGAAAUGACAAUGAGUAAACUUGUUCCUGUCAUAGAAAUGACUGCGGGCGAGUGCAAUGGGCUGAUCGCGUUGCACGGUGUGGCGUACGAGAUCUACGAGCGUGGCGCUUUGGCUGCAUUGGUUAUGACUUACUUAUUUUUGAAGAUUGCAUUUGCAUUUGGUGUCAUCAUGUGCUUCACAGUGUCUCGCCGUGGUAAGCACGUACUUGCUUGAGCAGCUUGCUUGAGCAGUAUGUAACAAGUGAAAAAUUGAAAUAUACAUCGAUCAAGUUCAAGGUCAAACAGACACUCUAGUGCCCUAUCUUAUCAUACGACAUAUCCUAGACCUCGGACCUUAGUAAGUGAUAAUCUCAAGGACUACAACACGACGACUACACUAGGCAACUAGACUGCCCUUGGUGGUGGAUUGUGCGUUACUACUACGCAACUGUCCAAUUAUAACACAAGAAGGUAUAGAAGGAAAACCAUUACUCACACUCAAAAACCAAGCACAGAAUAUAUAACUUCUACCUCCUCCUGUUAAACUCCAUAGUUCACUAGAUAGCUUAAAUUAGAUAGUUGGAGUUGUCUGCAGCGGUCCGGAUGUGGUUCAGCUUCGAGGGAAUGCGAGACUUUUUACAAAACCUGUAGACGCGCGUCAUUAAUACCGACAGGUGGUAGAGGAGGGCUCGAAAUUGCAGGGACCUUUCAAGGCAACGCCCCUCAUACAUUAUGACGCAAAUGUCCAAUUAUGACACAAGAAGGGAUCGUCUAAUUAUGACGAGAAUGCGGCAGCACUGUAUACGCAUUCUGGACCGUUUGGGCAGCUGGAUCCUUUCGCAGACGUGCACGCCGCGUACGCAGCAGCGGGAACGCACUGCGAAAGUGGAGGUCAAGUUAAAGCGUCUGCCAAGAUUAAGGCUCAUGUGCUUCAUUUACAACUACUAGAUUGAUUUGAAGAUUAUUUCUUGAACAAACGCUUUAUCAAAUUUUUGUUCACAGAAGAAAACAAAAACGCUCUGGAUUUUUUUACUCGAUAUUUUGAGAGAGGUAGGUUCCGAUACGAUAUUUGGAAUAUCUUCACCACAACUAGAACUACCAUCACAACUACUACAUGCAGCUUACAGAAUGAGGUAGUAUGAUUCUACUCCUCAGGCGGCUUUGGCCUUCUAGGAACCGCCAUUAUGUGGCGCGUAUGCGAUGAGUUUUUAUGCCUCAACUCUUUCCAACAUGCGGCAAAGAGGUUAUUAUCAUAGCGACUACUUAUACCUAGCAGUCAGUAAUAUAUUUUAUUUCUAAGUAGAAAUAGAAUUUGAAAGUAGUAGAUUAACUAAAUCAACAUAGUUUGUUAAUACAAGUACUACUUAGCUAGGCCGCUUAGAUUGGAGUCAUAGUUGUGGUUUUCUAAAACCUAGGAGGACUCGCAGAGAGUGAUGUCCAUGAUCGGAUACGUGCCGGGAGAUGGCGACGUCUCUUCAGAUUUCUGGGAUGAAGAGUCGCCAAAAAAGGAUUAUGAGCGACUGUGUCGUGCAUUCGGGAAAGCCAUGAAAGAUGGACACGAUCCUGAAAAAAUGAAAUUAAGAGCACUUCUGGAUUUUAUUUAUCUUCUACUACUGCUUCUUGAUCUUUUUUUCUUCGAGCUUCAUGCGUUUGGUUUAUCCUUACCCCUGUAGAAGUUGUUGCGUUUUGCUUUGGGACCACUACGUGCGAGUUGUAAAAAAAAACUGCCUAACACGCGAUAAUAAUGACUGGAACUACAACCUCACGAAGAUAAGAUGAAUGUGGUCACCGUUUUUUGAUAGCUUCUUGUUGACAAGUAAAAUAUUUACAUAUGUUCCAGGGCUCAGGGCGGGAGGCCCCCCCCCCGAUCUAACUUUUUGAAGGGGGGGGGGCCUCCCCGCCCCGGCCCCUCUUUUCGAGGGGCUGCCGGGGGGGAAGGCCUCAAAGCGCCCACUUCUGACCCCUUCCCGCUUCUUGCAUGUACGCUACAGACCUGGCAAAGGUGGCAAAGGCUGGGCCCUCUUGUCGUGUUGCGUGUGCCCAACCCUACGCCAAGGGGGUGGGUUCCCGCCUUUGCCCCCUUUGCCAGGUCUGUAGGGUACAUGCAACAAGGCAGCGGGGCCCUGCCUUGGCCACCUUUGCCAGGUCUGUAGGGUACACGCAACAAGGCAGCGGGGCCCUGCCUUUGCCCCCUUUGCCAGGUCUGUAGGGUACACGCAACAAGGCAGCGGGGCCCUGCCUUUGCCCCCUUUGCCGGGUCGGUGGAUACAUGCAACAAGGCAGCGGGGCCCGGCCUUUGCCACCUUUGCCAGGUCUGUCGGGUACAUGCAACAAGCCAGCGGGGCCCUGCCUUUGCCAGGUCUGUAGGGUACAUGCAAGAAGCGGGAAGGGGUCAGAAGUGGGCGCUUUGAGGCCUUCCCGCCCGGCAGCCCCUCGACAGGCCUGGCCAAUAAGGUGGCAAGGCUGGACCCCUCUGGCGUGGUCCACCCCAGAUCCAUCCACAGGGGGGGGGGGGGCCUCCCUCCCUGGUACAUAUAUGUAUUGCUAUUAAGUAAUCUCUUCUAUAUCUUAUGGCACAUAAGAUAGCAUCUCGUAUAAGUAGCUAGAAUGAAAGUCGACGCUCGUCAUUUUUUUGUCUUGCGCUACGGUAUACCGUAUCUUUUUCCUUCAUAUCUUGGCCCAAAGAUGGGCCGAGACGGAGAGACUUGCGAGGCUUCGACAAAGGUAAAAGACAAAGAAGAGAGACAAAGGGAGGCGACGAUGGGCCAGGCGUUACGAAGUCAGACUAUCUGCGGCCCGUUUCUGUCUUUGUCUCUACGCCAUCAAGCCCCUCAGCGCUUUUUUUGAUCAUAAACGCAACAAAGAGACAUACGCAGACCACCACAAGACUGACGCAGCAGCGGAGUUAUUGCUUUUCGCUUCACGACUGAGAAAGGCCGGCGCCCAUUCUCUUGCUGAAGAUGGCUCGCUUACUUUGAUGGGCACGGCUUUCCGAGAUGGCAUCGGCGCACUUCUUAAAUUGCCAGAAGAUGGCACAAAUUUCCUAGACGUAUGACGACACUGGCCAGCCUCAGACCCCACGAAUCUUGUGAAUGCCUUGAAGCAAUACACUGCCGAAAUGUUUGCCAUAGCGUAGGCCAUCUUUCUAUAAAAUCGAGCACGGGACUACCCUCAGGCCCAGACUUUAAAAAAGUUAGACUUUAACCUUUUAAAAGUCUGAGCGUGAGCGUGGUUUUUCGCUCGAUAUCUAUUUGCGUUGUGUUCUGAGUCUUCAACUGUGGCCCACCGAGAUCAUAACCAGAAGAGCCCCGGGCUUCCAUGAAAUAAAUGCAGCAGCACUGACGUCGUUUCUUUUUUUUGGAUGUCAUUCAUUGGCGAAGUUUCACCCACUAACCGACGCCACCCCUUGACCUAAUAACUUGGCAAAGCGCUUAGCCCUCUCCCUGCUUUCUCUUAUCAGUGUCCAACUUUUCUAAAAUGACGCAGAGCGCGUAGUCUUUCGCUGCUCUUUUUUCACAGUCGUCACCCAGCCACUCUCUGAGGCAGCUUCGCUCUGACUCUAAGUCUGCGCACUCUUUAGCUUAUUAAGUUACUGAGCCUCUAGCUUUGCUCUAGUGCUGACAGUCAACAACCCGAAACGUGUCGGCUAUGAGUUACAGAAUAAGCAGCAAAGGCGCCACCUUCGCGCAUUUAGGCGCUUCGUCUGCUGUCUUUGCAGAGCAUUGCCAAACCGCAAAGGGUGCGAAUGUGGAACCGUGGCUCAACUGGCUAAAGAGUUUCUUUCAAAGACAUUGCGUUGAUUUCGUGCGGCUACUCCUCGCCAUUAUGUGAGAGAGCAGCUCUUUUAAUAACUUCCUCCCAUACGCUCAAGCCCAUUAGUUCCUCGCCAAUCAAUCCGGCAGAGGUAUUAACCGCAACGGCUAGAAAUGCAAACUGCUCGCGAAAUCGACGCAAUUGCAUCGACAUAGUUGGCCUCUGGUUUUCUUCACAAUCUGCGAGAUAUGGCAGGCGACAGAGCUAACCGCUGGCGCCGGAAGUUGUUCUUACUGUGCACGCAUGAAGCUCAAAGGAGGAAGGCUAGCACUAAAGCCAGAACAGUUUGGUGAUGCAGCUACAGCAGCAUCGACGCCCCUCAGCAAAGCGCGACUGUGGAAUGCCGUUGCACAGCUGGCGCGUUUGUUCGGGGCUCAUCAAGCUGAUGCGUUUGCGACUGACUUGGCGGCGCAGGCGUUUGGUAACUGCUGCGGCGUCUACUCCAACAGCUGACGAAGGAAAAGGAUUCGCCUCGCAGUGUUUGAAGUGGGUACAUCAGCGCACUGUCGCAACAUGAAGAAAAUGCCUCGCGUCGCUUUCUCCGAAACAUCGAAAGCGGGCGCCCGGCGAACAAUGUCAAGCGCGACAGGAUCAGCAAAAUCGUAGAAAAAACCCCGCCCCGCUGCAAAAAGUUAAAAGCCCGAGCACCAAAGACAGAGCUUCAGGCACAAAGAAAAACGCGGCGCAUGAUAGUGCGCGCGAAGCAUAUCUCUCGCAAGAUUGCGGCCUUUCUAAGGCGCAAGCGAAACCAAGCAGAUUGCGUAAAAGAUGUGCCUUCGUAGUAGGUACGUGGGACAAGACGCCGACGGUGCUUCGUGGAAGCGGUACCGGUCGCGCCAGUUUUCAAAGGCGGGCGCCUCGAACGCUCUCCAACGUCAUCCAAGGCUGUCGGCUGGAUUUUAACACCUUACCAGGCCGCGCUGCUGAUGGGUUUUGGGCUGGAGAAGCUGAAAAAGCAACGAGUAAGCUAUUAGAGGUCUUUAACAGUCGUGGCGAGUCUUAGAAAGAAUCGGCGAAGCUCUUUGGUACUAACUUCAGAACUAGCAGCCUCUCCCUGGUAGGUUUCCACUAUUUUGCGCGCAAAGCUCUGUAAUAUCUUCGGCUUUGCAGGUCUAAGAAUUCUGAUGCUUCUAGUCCACAUUCUGAAGAACGCACAGGCCCGAACUCGAACGAUGGCGCUGAGUCAAGUGGCUGAGAUUCUUUCUGUGAUGUUUGCAACAUCUUCAGACCGCACCAGAUUCGUCGACAAUGGCGACCACCGUAAAGCAUAGCAGGGCGACGAGUGUGACUGCUUGCCAUGCGCUCGAUUUCCUUCAUGUUCAGCGGUGCCCGCGCCGUCCGUAGUGAGUUGGUCCAUGUCAAGUGAUGCGCUCGCUUUUGCUAAGAAGUAGCCUGCUUUGAGCGUCGUGCGAUAGGUUUUCGCUAAACAGCUUCGGCGUGAGUCAGACAAUAACCGCAAAAGCGACGCGCACUCGCUAGAAAAAAAGCGGGGGUGGCUCUCACUCUAUCGCUUCAGUUUCGUAAUCAUCUUCGGGCGUCUUCUGUUACAGCUCGAAACUAUUCGGAAAGCGUUAAGCAGCUAGAAAAAAACGCGCACCGCUGUGGUUUUUCUUAUCGGCGCCCCGUUAUCGUUUUGCCACAUGGUGCGGCGCAGACGUCUGCCAAUCUCUAUCGCCUUCCGCUUGGCUGCAGUGAAGACGCACUGUGUAAAAAUGGCGCGCAUUUUUCUCGAACUAUCGGGCUCAGCUAUGGGCAGCGUCGCACUUUUUCCACAGUUCUUUUCUCAAUGCUCUGCUAAGGUAUGCAGCAUAGUCGGUUUUCCGUUCUACCUCUUUCCUCUACUCUCUAGCGUACCCCCUCGGUCUAAUAGUUCUCCACUCUCAUCAUAUUUUUUCGAUUCUUUCACCUUAUACGAGACAAACCGACCGCACUUAAUAAACUUAACAGCAGCGCAGGGAUGUCGUCAUCCCUGCGCUAGCCUGUGACACUUAACUAGAAGAAUACUCAGAAGCGUUUGAAGAGCAAGUCCACACAUUCUAAUGGUUAUCGAGAACAUUCGAGACUGGGUGAAGAGGCUUGAAAAGUGGAAAAUCAAGCAGCUUGACGCAUAUCGUCGAUGCCCAUUUUACCCAUCGUCCGUGGGUCAUCCCCAAUUACCUCCUGGGGCCGAUGUCGGUACUGGUGCAGGCGCUGGUGGCAAUGCCGUUGGAAGUGGUGGAGUCCAGAUAAUACGAGGCGAAGCGUCAACACCCUGUGUUACGUGCGUGGGUAGCCUUCUUGGGGAUGGAGAACGCUCACUCCUCCAGGUUUCCGCUUAAGCAUAUCACAUUUUUUAUCUGCUGACAAACAAACUCUUGUAGCUUGCCAUGCAUUUUCAAAAAAGAAACGGACAAACCAACGAGAGUAUUAAUUAUACUAGGAAUAAGUGGAGACCUCUAAGCAUACGAACGUGCCACAACUGCAGCAUGCAGGGCAGUGUCCAGCGUCGAGGAGUGGAAAUCUGGAGCCAAGGUCUUUCGCACAGCCUUGGUUCCGGUGACGAAGAAGUGGACGAAAGAGAAGGAGGAGGCGGAGCAAAAUCAUUUGAUUAAGACUUUCACCGGUCCCGGCCGUCCCCGUCGUGCACCCUCUCUCCACAACAUCCGGGUCCCGUUUUUCAAAGGACAACGGGAGCCAGGGGACUUUGCGCGUUAGAUCAUUUCUGGAACCAGUUCUGCACCCGUUCUAACUUAUACGUCCCGAAGCAGCCGGUGAUUGCUCCUCAGGGCAAACAAGGCGACGCGUCCUUGGCCUUUGGAUUGAGUGGGCUGAAAUUCGAUGACUGGACCGGAGCUGUUGCGCCUGAAGAGAGAUGGUUUUUCCGACGCGGUGGCAUGGGCUUGAUCGCUCUCUGUUCGCCGUAUUCGAGGUUCCCUAGCAUGUGCUACAACUUAUGGCCGCUUGGGUAGAAGGUCCAGUGGAGAGUUAAGUGUGCCUCGUAGAGACUGAGGCGUGGCGAUGAAGAAGGUCAUAAUAACGAGUUCGACAAGGGCAAGUCGAUUAUAAUCUAAGCAGUAUUUGUACUAGUGGCUACGACUACUGUGAGUACUACCUACAUUAUAUUUAUUGUCGAACAGAACACCUAAGGCAGUUCAAUUUUGAUCAUGAGUGUAACAAUGCUGGACACAUGACAAAGUACGAACUUCGUAGAUGAUAUCAGUCAAGAAAGAUGGCCCGAGACCAAGAUGAAUUUUGAGAAGACCCAAACGAACCUAUUCUAAGAUAUGAUCACACCGCGGAGACUUACCGAUGGUCAGAGCCAGCGUGUGCGGUUGCUCAGGGAACCGAAGGAAAGAUCACCAACUUUUUGAAAGGUCACACUCCGAGCGGCAUCGCUCCGAUAUUAAGCGUGAAACCGUGUGGGAAAGAUGUUCUUAUGACUCUGAUGAAAUGCUAUUUUGUCUUGUUCUUGUAGGUACUUCUAAUGAGAAGAAGCUAAGUACAGCAUCUAUCUCAGUAUCCGUGUGUAAAAUCAUCUUCUUCUUCUGGAAGUUAAUCAUCAGAUAUCGGAGAAGAAGACCCGCGCCAAUGUCUCAAAUAGAGAGGCUGGCCGAUCCUUGUCCUUUCAGUAGCUCGAUUCUAGAACUGCUAGUAGUUUUCGUCUACUGUACCGCGCGCUUUUAGCUGCUAAGGUCUCCGAGUAUUAAUAAUUGGUAUUUUUCAACUACAUAGUACGUACUGGAACUAGUAAUGCAAGAAAAUAGUUGUAAUAGAGCUGCGGCUGAAGAUCAAGUACAACACUUCUGAUCGCACACUGAGUGGCAUUUCUAUUCGAUUCCGUAAGGUUGCUCUGACCAAGCAGGACCCUUUUACAGCAAGAGUCUCGUCUGGCCAGAUAUUCUGGCACUAGAUUUUUACCUCUUUUACUGGUACGUCUACCAAGCACAAGAACACGUAGGAGGAACAUACACAUUUUUAAUAGGUGAUUCUUACAUGUUAGAUUGAUUGAUACUUCUUUUUCGAUUUGACUAUGAUCACUAUGUUUGUUAUGUGAGUAAAAAAAUGUAGGUUGAUGUCCUUUCAUGAUCCCAGGAGAGCAUCGCGUGACAUUGAUGGAAUUGGAUACCUCAUAUUCGGCAGACACAAUGCUUACGCUUAGUGAAGCGACUGUCGGCGGAGAGGGUACCAAGACCAAUUUAGUAGAGUUGCUCAGACGCCGACUAUUUGUUCCCAGUCAGGGUAAUAUUGUGAAGGAGAGCGACAAGCGUGGCUAUGGGAUGGGAGCUACCACUGCGAUACCGCACCUCCAAUCUUAUGACAGAUGA